AUGAGUAACAAGAACACUAGAUAUACUAUUAGUAGAGAUCGUAUGGCUGACCUUCGUGGUGGUUCAGACAGUACGGAUGCAUUUGGCCCCACUCGUACACCUGGUAGUAAUGGCAAUCAGAGAUUCCAACAAACCACCACUACCUAUGAAUCCAGACCCUCAGCUUAUGAAAUGGAAGAAAGAAAUCAUGCCCAAACUGCUGUCGCACCUACAGCUCAGAGCGACAUUUCAACCAUGGAAGGUUUCUUAGCAGAGGUAGAUGAUAUUUCAUCUUCCAUCAAGAGCAUCAAUCGCAACAUUGAUCUCAUCAGCGAUUUACAUGAUUCAUCGCUCGUCAGCAUCAAUGAGCAGCAAUGGAAGCAGAAUUCUAGACAGCUCUCUCAGUUCGUUGAGGAUACUUCAAGCAUGAACAGUAACAUUAAAAAUAGAAUCAAGGCUCUUGAGUCCAGUAAUGCAGGACACCCCAAAAAUUCUGAUUUGAACAUUCGUAGGGCUCAGGUUUCUAGAGUUAAAAAGGAAUUCAUUACUUGUAUUCAACGAUAUAAGGAUGUGGAGGCUACAUUCAACCAGAAAUAUAGACAACGAGUUGAAAGACAAAUUAGAAUUGUCAAUCAGGAUGUCACUGCUGAGGAAGUAGAUGCCAUCAUCGACUCAGACCAACAAAACCAGAUUUUUGCUCAAAGUCUGAUGCAAAACAGUAGAUCAGGCCAAGCCAAAGCUGUAUUAUCCGAAGUUCAAACUAGACAUGAUGAUAUUAAGCGUAUUCAAAAGACCAUUUUGGAACUUGCUCAAUUAUUCGAAGAUAUGCAAAUGAUGGUGGAAGAACAAGGAAAAGUCUUUGAUCAAAUUGAAAAUAAUGCAGAGAAUACACAGGCUGAUUUGGAGCAGGGUGUAAAGCAUGUUGAUAGAGCAAUUAUCCUCGCUAGAUCAACUCGUGCAAAAAAAUGGUGCUGCUUCUUCAUCACUAUCAUUCUUGCAGUAGUUAUUGCCAUCCUUGUCUGGUGGUUCGGUUUCGGCCAUCCUGGUGUUGGUGGCAACAACAACAAUAAUAACAGCAACAACGGCAAAUAA